GUUCCUCUGGUAAAAUGGACAAGUUUUUGACCUCAUCCCAAAAAGAUCAUGAUACCUCUCCAACAUCAUCAAAUGAACCAUCUUGUUCAAAAUCUGAACCGGAGCCUAAGCGCAAAAAGUGUAUUUCCGCAGUGUGGACACAUUUUGACAAAUUGCAAACCAAACAACUUGCAAAAUGUCAUUAUUGUGGCAAAGAAUAUAAGACAAGCGGAAACACGUCCAACUUGUUAGAGCACUUAAAACGGGCCCACCCUCUUGCCCAGCAAGUUAAUAACGAAACUACGUCUUCUCAGUUAGAGCGAUAUUUUACACGGACAGACGUUUACGGUCCAACAUCUUCCAAAAAGGAAGCAAUUGACAAAGCCAUUGCUGCAAUGGUCGCAACGGAUUUGCAACCAUUUAGCGUUGUCGAAGAUAUUGGACUUAGAAACUUGAUGAGGGUGGUGGACCCUAGAUACGUCAUGCCCUGUCGAAAAACUCUGCGGGACACGCAUAUUAAAAAUAUGAACGAGAGUAUGACGGAGAAAUUGAAGGGCAUUCUUGACUCCGUUGACUCGUGCGCUAUCACAACAGAUGCAUGGACAUCUCGUGCAAAUGUUAGUUAUCUAACUGUAACGUGUCACUUUAUUUUAAAUUUCGAGCUUAAGACGGCAGUGCUAUCUACAAAGCCACUAAUGGAUGAGACAAACCAUUCAAGUCUAAAUAUUGCCAACACAUUGCGUGAAAUAUGCGAUGAGUGGAAAGUGUUCGACAAACUGCACACCAUUGUGACCGACAACGCAGCAUCUAUGAUUAAAGCGUGCGAAUUAUUGAAAAAGAAACACUUACCGUGUUUUGCGCACACUCUUAAUCUUGUUGUGCAAGAUGCUUUAAAUCUGGAAAAUGUGCAAAACGUUUUAAAAAUCACAAAAAGAAUAGUGUCCUAUUUUAAGAGUAGCGCUAUUGCUUAUGCAAAGUUCAAAGAUGCCCAAGGCACCGAAAAUCCUUGCUCUCUAUUGCAAGAGGUCCCUACUCGCUGGAACAGCGCAUUACAAAUGAUUCAGAGAGUGUUGCGGACAAGAGAGCCCCUAACUGGCACCCUUUUAAGAUGCCAUAAUGCUCCGAUUCCACUGUCAGAGGAUCAAUUUCGGAUUUUGAAGGACUUGUGCUCGCUUUUGGAACCGUUCGAAAAAGCCACAAAACAUGCGUCUGCUGCAAAGGGCGUUACAAUUUCAUUAAUUGCUCCUGCAAUUUUCGCCUUAUCACAAAAGCAACGUAAAAAAAGGCUCUUCUCAUAUGAGAAUAGAUCAGCACCACGCCUUGGAACUCUUCUUGACCCACGCUUCAAAAAGGAGGGUUUCCAAAAUCCGUCAAAUGCCCAGCAGGCCAUGUUGAUGUUGGAGGGAGAGGUUCAUAAUAUAAUACAGGACGUGAGAUCUAAAAAUUCCACAGAGGAACUGCCAAGGAAUGAGGAGACUCCAUUUUUAUUUAAAUGCAUGGCAGGAAAAAUAAAAGAAAAAAACAAAAGUUCACGGGCGGACUCAAUUAUUACCAUUCGCCAAUAUAUGGAGCAGCGCAAUGCUCUUCAUGACAGCGAUCCGCUCCAAUAUUGGCAGAUUAACAAGGAACAUUUAUUUGCACUUGGACAAUGCGCAAUAAAAUUCUUGUGUAUACCAGCAAGUUCAGCUGAAUCAGAGCGCACACUUAGAAUGUUAUCUGAAGAAGCUCAAGAAGCCAUGAAUAAGAAUUACAGAAACUGUCGGCAAUUUCAUUCGCGUAAAAGUUCCCGCAUUUCUACGAAUGAAGAUGUGAUGCAUCAUCUUCAAAUAUCAUCUGAUCCAUAUAUUAAUUCAUUUAGAACCAAAUUGCAGUUAAAGAAAUUGGAAUACCAUGAUGAUGUGCACCGUGAAUCGGUAGCCUCGGCCGGCGAUGCAGACUCUGCUGUAAAACGCAAAAACUACGAGCAACGUUCUGACACUGUCCGAUCUGCAGAAUUUAUCGAAAAAGUGCCAGUGAUCAUUGACGAGGACUCUGCUAAAUCACUGAAUCGUUGA